AUGGACAACGACACCGAUUGGUUGGUUCGCUGCAAGGAACUGAAGGAACGUGGGAAUCGGAGACUAGCAACCGGCAACAGUGCAGGUGCACUGCAGUUUUAUGCAGAGGCUUUGCAACAUUUGGACACCUCGAACGGCGACACCAAAGGUGCGGACGCCACACAGCUGGCUGCCAUUUUGCAUUCAAACAGUGCACAGGCAUUGAUGAAGCAAAGAAAGUGGCUGGAGGCGAUAGAUCAAUGCCAUGCCGCCUUGCGCUUUGAUCCAGCUCACACCAAGUCAUCUUGGCGGGGAGCGAUGUGCGCAAUUGAGGUAGGAAUGCAUGAUGUGGCUGUUGCCUUCGUCGAGUCAGGGCUCGAUGAGAAUAUGGUCUCCACCGAGCUCCUUGAGCUGCGGCGGAGGUUGGGCCCGUUGCCUGAUGUUGAGCUCCACAAAGAUGAUGGCGAUGAAAGCUCAAUGGACCCGUCACAGUGGCACUUGCCAUCAGAACAGGACAAGGUGGCGAAGAGACACACAGCUCAAAAGCCACUACCACCUGACAAAGAGAAAGGAGACUAA